AGCCAACUUAUCCUUCACUUGUUUCUGCAAAGGAGGGGACGGAUUAUUUGUUGUUGUUCUUCUUCCCUCCCUCUUCCUCCUUCAUAGAUCUUCAACGCGCGCCUUCCGGCCAAGCAGUAACACUUUUGUUAGGCACAUGCGCCACACACCAGAUGCCGUGGCCGCCGUUCCGCGCUUACGCGCCGUGUUGGGGCAGUCGGGCUCUGCGUCCAGCACGUUGUGACUCCACGUGUCUCGCGAUACGCAAGCACCGCGGUGUCUUCGCGCUGAUCCGCUCGCCUCCGCACGCCCUCACCGUCGCCGCGGUGUGUCUCAGCGUUGCACAUUCCCUUCCCAAAAUCCUCUUUCAACGUUGUCUUGGCAGCUUUUCUAUGGAAGAGCGUUGGCGCCCUUUAUCGUUUUCUUUUUGGAGCUCGUCUCGGCAUUUUGCAGCGGCGCGCCCGCCACGUUGUUCGACGUGCGAUGUAGCGCUCUGUGCCGCUGGGGAAGGGCAGACACACGGAGUAUGCGGUAUCACGUCGAAGGACGCGGACGAGGAUGGUGCGCUAUCAGCCGCUCGUCUGCACGCCCUGCCUCAGGACCACUUAACUAAGAGCAACUGGCUGCCGAGCGCGGCGUCCGCGCUUGUCGACGCGGCGGUUGCACCACACGCCCCGUCAGAGGAAGAGGCAAUACUUCUGGAGGAGACACGUGACGAUGCUCCCCUUCCCAUCAGAAAUCUUUUCUGUGCACCGGCCGAAGCGCUGCGACAACCUUUGGGGACUGAAGGGAACGACGGGGCAGGAGGCAGCGACGAUGAUGAGGCGAUGCUGCUGGACUUCUUCGACGGUCUCCUUACCCCAGAUGGAGGGGAGCCGGCCGAGGAGGUGGACGCCAACGCCGCCUCGACACCGGCCGAUCAGGCAAACCAUCGCAGUCAGAACGGGAAAGCAGCCCAGACAACGGACACCACGGCAGUAGCAGCAGCAGCAGCAGCUCUGUCUUCCCUGCCCGUCACGGCCGGUGCGGAGCCGCCGCUGUUGCUAGACAAGUUUCAAGCCCACGCGGUCGACCUCGCCUUACAAGGCCGCAAUCUUUUUAUCACCGGUGGCGCCGGCACAGGCAAGUCGCGGACGCUGCACCACAUAGUUGCUGCCUUGCGGGCUCGUGAAUUGGCGGAGUUCACCGCGCUGCAGCGGGCGUCGGCCGCAGCACCGAUGUCAGCAGACAAUCACGCAACGUCAGAAGCUGACGCGGCCAGAGAUGCGCAAGACAGCAGCAGCAGCAGCAGCCAACACCGCUUUCCACACCCCACCACGAGCACAGUGGAGCGCACUUGUCAGCCGAAUAAAAAAUAUUAUUCACAGAACAAUCGCGGGCAGCCCUACAGCGCAAUCUACGUGACAGCCACCACGGGCCUUGCUGCGGUGCAACUAAGCGGCGCCACCAUUCACAGCUUCUCCGGCAUCGGUCACGGCACCGCGUCCCCCCAGACGCUUGUUCGUCGCAUUCGCAAAUCGCACAGGGAGGCCAGGCGCUGGAAGCACUGCCGUGUGCUGAUCAUCGACGAGAUCAGCAUGUUGGAGGCUAGCGUGUUCGAAGCGCUCGACUACGUCGCCCGGCGCAUGCGUCGGCAGGCCAGUGUGCCCUUUGGUGGAAUCCAAGUGAUCCUGUGUGGUGACUUCCACCAACUUGCGCCGAUCACGUCCAAGAAGAGCGCAUGGCAGGCCACUGGUCCCGGCGCGACGGCCACGUUGUCACCCCCGGCUGCCCCCGCGACCUCGUCUUUGCAGCAGCAGCAGAAGCAGCCCUUUGUCAUUUCCAACCUCGACACGUUCCUCGCGGCGUCGGCGAAGGACACGCAGAAGCCACCGUCGAAACGGCGCGGCCGGUCCGCAAAUAAUACGGCGGAGACGGCAGCGCAGGAGAGCGCCGCUGCAGAAGCCUUCGCGCAUGCCGUCGGGUGCUUCUACGCCUUCCAGACGGUAGCCUGGCAGCGGCUGCAGCUGUGGCCGGUCGUGCUGCCACUCCCCCAUCGGCAGGCCAGCGACACGUCCUUCCAACGCAUCCUUCACGAGGUGCGCCGCGGCGAGCUCUCGCUUGAGGGCUGCCGCGCAUUAGCGAGCCGCAGUGUCAUCGAGUGCUUUCGCGGUCCAGACGCGACGGGGCGGAUGCCACCACCGACGCUGCGCUUCACUACGAGGGGGGCGUCGCUGCCGUCGUGUGCAGCUCUGGCCAUUCGCCUCUGCGCCACCAACAGCGCCGUUGACGCCCGCAACGCCUUCUUCUUCGCCCAGCUCCCUCCGCAUACACCGUGCGCCAAUGCCCUGCACCCGCCUCACGAUACGGCAUCGCCGUGCCACGUCUACCACGCCGUGGACUCGCAGGUGACGGAGCAGCAGCUUGCACACGGUCUGCGCCGAGGCAGCACGGCAGCGGAGACGCACGGUCGCUGGUCGACGGCUGCAUCGGCGCCCGCGCAAGACCUGCACUUACCCGAAUCGAUCGCCUUGAAGAUCGGCGCGCGAGUGCUCCUAGUGAGCAACGUCGCCCCGCGCUUCCACCUCGUGAACGGCUCUGUGGGGGAGGUGGUCGGCUUCUUGCAUCCGUUGGAGAUGGCCGCGCUGGUGAACUCGGUCAUGCGUCGACGCCUCCGCCGCCCUCGCCGUUCUCGCCGGGGCGACAGGAAUCGCGCAGGCGGCAACGCAGAAACGGAAGAAGACGGCGACAGCGGGGAAUCGCCGGCGUGGGUGAGCGACCUCCGCCGGCGUGGCGGCUUCAGCCCCGACAACGAUGACGACAUCACGCACUGUGUGGAGACGUCACAGGCAACUCCGUUUUCCAACCUGUGGUGGAAGAUGGUGAAGUCAGCGCCGCCUUCCUCGUCGUCAAAUGAUCGUGAGGCAUCGCGGUGGCCACGCCGCAGGUAUGCGGACGUUGAAGACGAUGGCAUCCGCUAUGAAACCCUCUUUCCUUCGAACUACUGCACCGAUCUUUUACGCAAUACGCGGCCUCCCUCAGCGCCUUCUUCCUUCACCACCUCGUCGGUGUCACGCGAUUGCCACGACGCACGUCACGGUUCACCUGGCACACCGACCUCGAGGGUGGUGGACGACGCGUGGGAAGGGCGGCCGUGGGAACGCUGCCUCCGCGAUCUCACCCCCGCCGAACGGCAUCAAGCGCAGCUGCCCAUUGUCCGCUUCGAGCCCUUCUCUUCCUCCUCAUCGACCUCUUCUUCCACUCCUUCUGCUCCGUCUCCCAGCAAGGGCGGUGCGACGUACGCGAUGGUGGCGCCGUACUGCCACUCCAACAAUGACGGUGACGGUGCCGUUGGACCGCGUACAGCGGACGAGACAGCGACAGCGGUGGGGCCCAUCCACGGCGAGGGCUUGGCCUCCCGUACGCAGCUACCGUUGCGUUACGCGUGGGCGCUGACGGUGCACAAGUCGCAGGGACUUACCUUGCACCCCGUGCAGGUGGAUAUGGCGAAGAUUCGUUCUGUUGGGCAGGCGUACGUUGCGCUAAGUCGUGCCCCGUCGCUGGAUCAGCUGUACAUCCUGAACUUCAACCCUGCGGCGAUCGCGGCCUCGCCGAUGGUGAAGGCAUUCUACGACUCACUGGUGGUGCCCCGUUACAAUGGCGGCACCGUGGCGUGA